CACCAAAGAUGCUGUUUUGUCUCGCCGGGAUGUUUUGAUGGAUGUAAGAGACAAACUUCUUUUUGAACCAGAAUAUGCUGGAAAUUUCAAAGAGAAGCAGCCACCUAAAUCUUCUCUCAAGAUUCCUUGGACUUGGUUUGCCUGGUGCUUUAUGCCUUCUUCAGGAGGUAGGCAUUGCCAGGCACUUAGAUGUUGAUUCUUUCCAACCUGCUUUACAUAAUGUAGCAAGUGUGAUGUUGACUUUGCUAAAUAUUAGCAGUAUUAUUUUCUAUUUCAUCUGAUGGAUCUAUUGUUUACUGGCCCUACAUAUCUGCAAAUGGAGAAUACAGAAUGGAAUGAUCUUUCGUAGAAUCUAUAUUUUGAUGCAAUUCUGUUGGAAUAAUUUAGGUAGGCCAAGAGAAGCUUGUGCUAGAAAUUGGGCGAAGAGCUCUACAGCAUCCUGAGGCAAAGCCAUUUGUUCACGAUUUCCUUCUAUCUAUAGCCUUAUCCGAGUUAAGAGACAAAAGCAGCAAUUUUUACCUGGCACUUUUGCUAUGUUUCACCUUCUUAUUAUAGGUGCUUUCUUGAAGUGUGCAAUUGCCAAAGUUGGAUUUGAGAAGAACAAUAUAUCUCAAGGAUUUGAAGCUCUUGCCCGUGCUCAGUGUCUUUUGAGGAGCAAGAUAUCUCUUGGGAAGAUGAUGUUGUUGGCUCAGAUAGAAGAAUCAUUGGAGGAGCUUGCUCCUGCUUGCACAUUGGAUCUUCUGGGCAUGUCCCAUACACCUGAAAAUGCAGAGCGAAGCAUUGGAGCAAUUGCAGCUUUACAUGAACUGUUGAGACAAGGCCUGGAUGUUGAAACUUCAUGCCAAGUUCAAGACUGGGCUUGUUUUCUGCAUCAAGCACUCAAAAAGCUAUUGGCUACAGAAAUAGUGAAACUUGUUCCAUGGGAUAGCUUAGCUAUCACCAGAAAGAACAGAAAGUCACUUGAGGCACAGAAUCAAAGGAUUGUCAUUGAUUUCAGUAGCUUCUAUGUAGUUUUGUUAGCACAUAGUGCCCUUGGAGUUUCGAGCAAACAAAUAGACGUGCAUCUGAAGGCAUAGACUUGAAAUUUGAGGAGGCCUUUUGUGCUUUCCUUCUUGGGCAGGGUGAUGAAGCUACAGCUGUUGAAAAGCUAAGACAGCUUGAGCUGAAUUCUUCUCCUAGUUCUCAGAAAGCACUGCAAGUGAAAGAAACUAAAGAAGUUUCAAGUGCUAACAAACCACUGGAAACAUGGUUGAAAGAUGCUGCUCUUGGCAUGUUUCCAAAUACCCGAGAUUGUAACCUGAUGAAUCGGCGAAUUUUCGAUGAUGAUGAAUGCUCGUAAAAAUAAAUUACGACACAGAGAAUUUUACGUGGUUCGAUUUACUGAGGUAAAUCUACGUCCACGGGGAGA